CCUUCGUAACUUGGAUUUGAAACGUAGGAUGCACUGUUCACAUCUGUGAUUUGAUUUGAUUCUUCUUGUUUCAAGCACUGUUCAAAGAAUCUAUGAUGAACGUAGUCCAAGGUUGCUUGCUCCGAGAAAGAAAUUGCGAGCCAAGCAUGUCCUUCUUUCCAAUAUGAGACCAGAGACGAGGGAGCUACUGGUGGUACCAGGUACUGGUUCCGUACCGUACGCAGCAUGGAUGUACUAGUAUCUUCGCAGUGGCAGGUCUCGCAGAUGCAUACUGGUACCGGUACGUACGUCGCCAUCAUAUUUCAAUUCCCGAACUGCUAGACUAACACUAAUGCCGCAUAGCCGAAGGGGGCUAGUCUAUCGGUGCGCUUACUGGCUGCCUGCUCGGUAGCCAGCUAGAGUACACGUAGCUAGCGAGAGGCUAUCGUCGCGUUACCAGCAGAACUCCAGCAGAUCAAUCAACCAGGGGCUAUUCAUAAUUCUAGCUAGAUUCUAACUACUAGCUAGCUACUGCAGUAAGAGCUGCGUCAAAGAAAGCGAAAGCAUCAUCAGCAUGGCCCAACAUCCCUGGCCCCAGGUACAUCUAUCAUGCAUGGUUCAACCCCCAUCCGUUUAACGUUCCGUGAUCGGUUACGCCGCUAAAUCUCUACCCGCCCACCUCGUUCGACCUUUCGCCUCGCACUCGCUUCGGCACUCACUUGGCGAUACUUGGGAAAGUGGAGGCAGUCACAGGGCAAAGCACUUAGUCAUCAGCGAAAGGACGGGCGAAAACGAGGACCGCGAGAGUGCAAGCAAGAAAUUUCUGGAUUAAUUUUCCUUGCUGCGAAUUCAACGCAGACAAGUGCCAGUAAUGCAGAGGCGUCGAGUAAACGAAUUGCCUCAUUGCCUUGCAGUGCAGGGUUAAGAGCUACUUUGCGACAGCACUGCAAAGAAUCGACAUCGACAACACGGAGUCUCACAACGCACAGGUGCUUGUGCGCUGGAUUCAAAGGUUUGGUUUCAAACUCGAAAGAUAACAGUUGCACUAUAACUCUUACCGGACGAUGGACUUUGGUUGCUGCUCGGCGGCCCAAGACAGGGUUGUCGAGGAUGAUAGCGGGGAUCUACCGAACUCAAUGAUUUCGUACUCUGACUCUCUGGGGUCCUUUGAUUGCCAAGCGAACACUCUCAGCGUCGACUAUAGGAACGUGACGCCUUUGUUCAGGGCACUAGAACAAGAAGAUUGGAAGGCCGUCCUUGUCUUCCUAGCCACUGGGAGAUGGAGUAGCUCUCCUUUGUCUAGCGCCUACGACUAUCUUCACGACCCUUCACCAGAGCGCCAAGCGCGUACAUGGGUACACUGUACCGGGUCCAAAGGCGAGACACAGUGGAAGCAGCUCCCACUUCACGCCGCUAUAUCUUAUUUGGCUCCCUUGCCGGUCGUUCAGAAGCUUGUGGAGUUCUAUGGUGAUGCCCUCAGGAGUGCUGAUGACACAGGGAAUCUCCCGCUGCAUCUUGCCUUUGGCUUUGGAUCUUCUGACAGCAUAGUGGCGUACCUGAUCAAAGAGUAUCCACAGGCGCUUUCCAUCAAAGGAUUGCAAAAUCGUCGACCGGUGGAUUGCUGCGACCUUGGACCGAACAAAUUGAGGGGUGAGAUCAUCCGAGCAUGCCAGGAGCACACCAGGUCCUCAAUGAUGAAGGAUUGGGACCAGCACUGGAAAAAGAGCCUGCAUGAUGCCAAACAAAGGGCCGGCCUUUUGGAUCAAUUUUCAGCCAACUCUCAGACCCUUGAAGAGGUAUUCAAUGAACUUGUGCAAGUUAAGAUAGAGCUCAAGAAAACGCAAGAACUCGCAAAAAGCCGCCCAACAAUGAUCAUUACCAAGACAGAGCCAGUGCCCGAUGAAAAGGUUCCAAGGUCGCUCGGGAAAGCACCUUCUGAAAUGUCGAGGAUGGUUUCCUUUUCAAAGAGACUCAAGCCGAAAGCAAUACUACGUUCCAUCAGAUCUUCCCAGUCGUCAACUGUUGCUCCCAGCUCAAGCGGCAAAUGAAAAUGACUUUAGAAUGUCCGUCUGUUUAAAAUGUCGUUUCCCGUUCGGAGCGUCGAGGAUCCCCCAAUGUUGGCCUACUCUUUAGUGGCCAACUAGAGCUAGCUCCACUCCUCUACUAUGAUAUCACUUCUAUCUAAAAUGUUUCUCUAAUACAAAUUCAUUUUUCAAAUAUAAUUGUCUCAACCUGGUACUGAUACCAUCACGAGGUGCCGGUCUGAUACCUUUAAAAAGUGUCUAAAAAAGCUAAUAAGAGAACUCCUUUUGUUUCUGCGCA